ACUGGCUCAGUGUGCGACUUACAGUGUGCGGUCGGCGGUGUUUGUGUUAUCAGUGUGCUACCUGCUACCUACCCGGUGGUGAUGUUCGCGCUAAUACUGUCGUGCCAGUUGUGAGGUGUCAGUUCUGUACGAGCGCUGUGACGACUGCUGGAGCGUAGUUCGGGGUCCUACGAACGGGUAUCGUGAGUGUCGUUAACUGUCGAUAAGUUACACCGAGCGACUCGUUAUCUGAUCGAGUUUCAUCUGAAGAGUGUAUCCCGGAGUGAUGGAGUGCUAGUUGAAACUGAGUGAAGAACGGAAGUGAAAUGGCGGAAGGUUCCCACAAACUGGGUCGGAAGCUGUCGCGGCGGUUGUCGCUCGUCACCAAAGUCCCCAACUUGAUCGGGUCCAGACUCAAGUCGGAGUUCGGAUCCCGGGACUCGUUGGCUGUCAGGAGGAGACAGCUGGAGAUAACAGUCAUCGCCCCUGAUAAGAGCCAGAGGAUCCUGCACGGCCAGUCUCCUGAGACCGUGUGCGGCCUGAUCUCUCUGCUGCUGGCCGAGUAUUGCGUGGUCUCUCCGCGGCUGUCAUUAGCCGGCUCCCAGGCCGAAGUGGACCCUUGCGCCGAUAUAUCGCUGCUGGAAGGAGAUGUGCUUAUUGUCGAGGAGGGCUUCCAGGUCCGCGAUCCCAGAGGCGAGUACGAUCCACGAUACCGCUUGUCCGAGGAGUUUUGCCGCGAAGAGGAGAACUAUGUACAGGCGCUGCGCAGCGCUGCUGAACUCUACGGAUAUCCACUUCGCAAGUCGGGCUGCCUCAGUACGGUUCAGCACGAUUUAGUUUUCGACCCAGUGGCCACUCUUGCCUCGGCGUGCGCCAUUCUUGUCCAUCAGUUGAAGCAAGUGCUACUGAUCUGGGAUAGUUCUCAUUCAUGCGUUGGCCAGCUGUUCAGCCGCCAGUGGUGGUCCCAGUACGAGGAAUACCAGGAGAUGUACCGCCGCACCCGACAGUUCCUGAGGGACAAGACGGUGACGGAUGACGACUUCCUGGAACUGUGCAAGCUACGUCGCGGUGCUGCCACUUACUCCCUGCCCGCCCUCCUAGACUUGCCGGUGCAGAGACUGGCGCAGUAUGAGCAGUACUUCCAGUCGCUGUUGCAGGAGACAUCCCCUGAGCAUCCAGAUCACGAGAGUAUCGCCCGUGCCAAAGUCAGAGCUAAACAGGCUGUGAAAAGGGGCCAGGAAGAGAGUGACCUAGAGAGGAUACAGGACCUGUUCCCUAACGAUUGCCUCCGUCUGUACGAUAAGGAUGUUGUAACCAUGAAGAUGAAAGGGUUGAUGCGCAAGCGGUCCAGCACCGCAGCCCGCCUCCAACGGGCUCUGUCCGCCAAGUCCUUGAGGCCAGAGUCUCCGCCUCCGCCCCCGCGGCCUGUAGCGCCCGUGGACAAGCGGACGUUCAUCAUGGAGGCCCCUGUUCAGUUUACCACGGGAGUGCAGAGCCAGGAGCGCCACCUCUUCCUGUUCAAUGACUUGCUACUAAUAGCUAAGGCUAGGACAGGUGGCAACUUCAAGCUAAAGGAUAAGGUGCGAGUAUCAGAGCUGUGGUUGAGUCGGAGCUCCCUGGACGAUGUCACAGAACUCAACAAGUCAGCUGACAUCAGCUUCGUGCUUGGCUGGCCUACAACUAACGUCGUUGCUACCUUUACAACUCAGGCUGCCAGAGACCUCUGGUGGAACACGCUGCAAGAUGUCCUCAGCAAGGAGAAAGAGAGAGAACCCAGGUCUACCAACAUCCAGGUCACCUACUAUGAUCUCUCCACCGCCAUUGAAUAUUGCAAGACAUUCAGCGUUGGGCCUGAGGAAACGGCAAGGGACUGUAUCAAGGUGGCGCUGGAGCACCUGGAGAUGAGAGGGCUGGAGCCAUCUCAGUUCCAGCUGUGGGUGAAAACAGCACGUGAGGAGGCACCGUACCCUCUGGUGGGCCACGAGCGCCCGUUCGCCAUCAAGUUGAGCUGUCUGCGCGACGGCCUCAGCAGUGAGGAAGGCUUCGACCUGGACCACUGUAACAAUGUACACGACCCCCUCGCACGCUGCCACUUCAUACUCAGGAACACGGUGAAAUCAUGUGACAAUGAGGUGAAGAAGAACUGCAAGAAGUCGACAAGCAGGAUGAGGAUAGGUCAUGUGUUCCGGCGCAGUCUCAGCAAGGACAACUCUGGCUGUCUGUUUGGGUUGCCCUUAGCCAAGAUCUGCGAGGGAGACAACCUGCCCAGGCCUGUUAUGUCGAUGCUGCAGCAGCUUCUAGCUAAAGGGCCGUUCACGCAGGGAAUAUUCCGCAAGUCAGCCAAUGCCCGACUGGUGCGAGAGUUGCGGGACAAACUGGACAGUGGAGAGUCGGUAGUGUGGGAGCACGUGCCUGUACUGGUCACUGCUGCCUUGCUCAAGGACUUCUUGCGCUCUCUGCCCGAUCCUCUCCUCACCAGCCAACUCUACCCUCAGUGGAAGGAGGCAGUGGACACACAGAACACCCACUACAAGCUGCUUAAACUGAAGGGGAUCCUGUCCCAACUCCCCAAGUGUAACCACAGCUUGCUCUGCCACUUCCUGUGUAUCUUGCACCACAUCUCACGGCGGUCUCUGCACAACUUGAUGUCUGCAGCCAACCUGGGUGUAUGUGUGGGGCCAUCACUCCUGUGGGCGGACGGUGGAGCGGGAGCUGUGGGGGAGGAUCUGAGAAUUGUUCCUGCCCUCGCCGAGUGUCUGGUCACCCAUUGCCAGGUGCUGUGUGGCACUCACAUCCCUCACCUGUUGGGUGACCCACGUGACUCAGGCACUGAGGAGUCAGAUUCACUGCGAAGGGAUGACUCAUCUAUCGAUAGCCUGGAGUGUAGUCCUCCACCACGCAAGGACAAGAUCUCGUUAUCCAGGGACUCUGGGCUGACCAUGUCCGACUCCCAACUGUACACUCCAGAUGAGGAGGAGAGCGGCUCCAGCUCCAGUGGCUAUGACCCCGCCUUCGACUCUCACACCAAGGUUACCUCAUCCCUGUCAGUGCCAGCCGAGUAUGUCAGGGUGUAUGGAGGGUGGGAGGAAAGACUGAACCCCAACUUCCAGCGACAGGCUUGGUUCAGGCAGCGAUCCCGGAGACUCAGUUCUAUCACCCCCACUACCAAGAUAGAAGAGGCAGUUCGCAGGAGUGCUUCGGAAGAAUCGCUAUUAGACUCACCUCCUCCACCGACACCUCCUCGGAGAUCGAAACCGGAAGUCAUACCUGAGGUUCCUUCACCGAGGAAACCAGCUGAUCCUGUCAAGUGUACGGAUAUGAACGGGAAGUGUAGUGAAGUUACAGUGAAUAAGGACAGAAUGGACACCAGCUACAAAGCUGAGAUUUCAGUCAAGGGAUCGGCCAGAGAGCAAUCGUUGAUGUACGCAGAGGACAAGUUCGGUAGACAUCCGCCUUUGAGGAAAGUGACAGCUGUUCAUUGUGAAGUAAUUUCGGACCAAACUCCCAAGUCGCUUUACAAGGAUGUUUCCCACUCAUCCAUCUAUGGUGUAAACGGCGUGAAAAAGCUCUCACUCAGCAGUGCAGACAUAAAUUUCAGCCCGGUGAAGUCGUCAGAGCAGAGUUAUGUAUCUUCGAGAUCAGGGGAUCUCAGUUAUUCUCCUCAGAGGAUACAAGAAACCUACAGCCCCUUGAAAACUGCAGACACUUCGUUCUCCAGAUCACUGGAGCAAUCCUACAGCUCGUCGAGCCUGUACAACCACUCACAGCGAUCUGCCGACUCAAGCACAGUGUCUGACCAGAGCACAUACAGUUCUCCCAAAGUCACAGAAAAAGUGGUGUUGGGGUUCGGAGCUGGUGACUACUACUACGCUACCAAGGGUGGUGAAGAGGGCGUGCAAGGAUCGGAAUGUGAUGACUCGAGCACCUUGUCCGAUGACGAUUGCACACCUCACGUCUCAAGGUCCAACUCAAGAGGUAAUGAGGUAACGACGAAGUUGCGACAUUUGCCACCGGUCCAUGUGGAUACCUGUUUCGUGCGAGGGAGACUAAAGCGCAAGGAGGAGCGUGCAGCGCACAGAUCCCGGUCCCUCCCUCCCCCUCCUCCAUACAGACCUCCUCCACCUGCCAAUCAGAACCGAAGGGCUCCGAUCACCUCUUACUACCUGGGUGACUGCAGUCAAUCGCAGAGGUACAUAGUCACUAGGACCUUUGUAGACGAAGAGUCGUACGUCUGACAUUAGAUGUAAAACAACAUUAGUAAGUGUUCACGCUCGAUAUUGAUAAUGUUUCAGUCCAAACCUUUCCAGUAAUCAUGUUUUUAGUCAUGUUUUUUAAGUUAAAUUAAAGUUUUGUUAUGACCCUAGGGAGUUAAUUUUCAAAUAGCUUAGUGGUUUGCCAAUUGCAACUGAUAGAAAAGAGUGUUAGAGUUACAUAUUUAAUUCUUCUUGAUUGAUCAAUGAAAUGGGUUCCUUAGUUUAUGUUUAAGUACCAUUUUCGUACACUUAACUUUAGUGGCAAGUUUUUGUGUUUGUCAUUAUAAAAAUUUCAAUGUCUUGUGUGGUCCUUUCUAAUUUGUUAUGAAAUCUAAAACUUUUCGUAAUUUCUGCAAUAGUUGUUUGUGUACAUAUUCUGUUCUUAUGCUCAAGAAGUUUGUUAAGUUUUGCAAAUGUUUUAUUUUUAACCCCACAGAUACGAUUGUCAGUAAUAGAUAAUGUUAUGAAUGAAAAUACUUGUAAAUAGUUCUACAAUUCAAGACUGGUUUAAGAUAUUGUUUGUAUUACCAUGUUGUAAUGAUUAAUCAGCAGAGUUAAGAUAUGUUCGUUUGGUUUCUCAUUAAUGUACACUUAGACUUGGUGUUAAAUGUUACCACCUUACAAAUUACGUUAGUUAUUAAUGUCAGUAAGUUGUUAGUUAGGCCUAGUUUACUGUCAUCAAGAGGGAAUUCAUCUAAUUGUAAAACAUUGUUAUACAAUAAAUUGUAUAAUAUUUAAUGAGCUGAAGUGAGAGCCACCCAGGAAGAUAACAUAGUAGGGGAUAUAAGACAGGCCUCAAUUAAAUAAAAAAUUAAUUUUCUUUGUUGGUUUAGUUCAAAAACGUUUGUUUUUUGAUACUUGUUAAUGAUUGAAAAUCAUGGCAGUGAUUAAGCAAUAAAUCAAUAAAAUCUUUUUAUUAUUUUAUUGUUUAAAGUUAAAUUGUAGAAUUUAUUAAAAAUCACUAUCUAUGAAAAAUGUAAAAAUGAAUGACUAACUAAUUUGCUAUUUGGUGUUAGCAAAUAAUUCAUGAAACUGAUUCAAACUGUUUUAAAUCUUGUAACAUUUAAAGUAUGCAGUAUUAACAAUUAAAUGAUUCCAAUGUACAAAUAAAUAUAGUUUAAUAUUUUAGUCUUCCACUUAGAAUUAAUAAAGAACUGUGAUUCUGAUGUAAAUAGAUAGCUUAAAUCAGUACAUUUAAAUUACCAAAUUAUAUAUUGUAAAUGACAAAUGUAUGGCCAUAUUGUACACGGCUUGUUUUUAUAUUAAGAACAUGUGUCAAUAACGUAUCUUGUCCAAACCUGUAUAAAAAGUCACUAGUUAAGAUUGACUAAGAGUAUUUUGUUUUUUAAUGUUAUGUGAGAUAUUAAAUUCUUAUAUACCCAA